UUCUGGCAGGGGAUCACUCGAUUGAUCACUAAUACAACAUUCAAUGAAUAGUGCUCUCAGGCAGUGAAUGAUAGGGCUCUGUGUUACUAUAAGAAUGCGCUGAUGUUCAACUCCCCAUACUUAUCCUAGUUCAACUUCAACAAGACAAAAGCAUACAUCAUGCCUAGUGGUCUAAUUUUCAUUACCGGCGCCACCGGGUUCAUUGGCAGUGCUACGGCUCUUGAAGCUCUGAAACAUGGCUAUCGUCUACGUAUCAGCGUUCGAAAGGAAUCCCAGAUCCCGAAGCUCAGGACUCUGCUGUCGGACUUCGAGUCUGCAAUUGAAUUUGUACUUGUUCCCGAUAUUACCAAAGAGUCUGCUUUCAUAGGAACGCUCGAUGGGGUCAACUAUGUGCUUCAUCUUGCCUCGCCGAUCCCGAGUGGCACAGACAAAGAAUCAUACUUUGCCCCUGCAGUCAAAGGGACAACAUCGAUUUUAAGGGAAGCCGCGAAGACUCCGACAGUCAAAAGGGUAGUGAUUACUUCGUCCAUUGCAGCUCUGAUUCCAAUCAAGGGAAUUCCGGAUGGUGGGGUCAUUAAAGAGAACAACGGUUGGGAUCUUACGGUUGAGGACAACGACAGUUUUCCAGGGGAGAAUGACGAAGCCACCGCAAUAAACCUGUACCAUGCCUCCAAGCUACUGGCGAACAACGCAAGCUGGGAUUUCCAAAGACAAGUAAACCCAACCUUUGAUCUUGUUACAAUCCAUCCAGCCUUUGUGUUUGGGCAUAAUCCGAUGCAAGCUACCCCAGAGGAGAUAAAAGGUACUACCAACGGGCUCUUGUUCGGAUCCAUUAUGGCCGGCAUUCCAAUGGGGACUAUCACAGCAGUGCACAUUAGUGAUGUGGCCGAGGCUCAUAUAAAGGCACUGGAUGAAAAGGUGCCUGGGGGAUCCAAAUACUUACUGGCCGGGGAGAAAUCGCAGUGGAAAGAGGUGGCGGCAAUUGUGAAGGAGAAAUACCCUACCUGUGGGGCCAAAAUCACAGAGGAAAUCACAGGAACCUCCUGGCCAGUCGAUACUUCGAAGGCUGAGAGAGAGCUGGGGAUCCAGUGGCGGUCGUUGGGAGAGAUUGUGAAGGAGGUGAUGGAUCAGCAGUUAGGACUGCGCCAGAAAGCAAAGGUCUAGGCAACCUGGGAGCUCAUCGCAUAUCUAGCUAGCAAAGAGGCCAGGCAAACUUCAAUAUAAAGCUCUCCACGUCGCGUCUGCGGAACCCAACCACACGGCCCAGACAGACAGCAUUCCGGCUUAACC